AUGGGGGAGAUGGGGAUGGUGGAGGGUAGCAGCAGCUACUGCGUAUCCGUGCGGCCUUAUAAUGCCGCCAGACGUGGGCCAAUGGGCUUGAAGCAGGCUAACACAGGUAUGACUGCCACAGAUGACUAUGACUAUGUCACCGACUUUGAUUUGUACACCUCUGAUUAUAACGUCACCUCCACUUAUAAUGAUCUGAAGGAGCUGUGUGAGGCCAGGGACCAGCAACUCACCAUCAAAGUGUUCCAGUCAUGUGUGUCCAUUCUGGUGUUUCUUGUGGGUAUAGUGGGGAACUCCUUGGUGAUUGCCACCUUUGCAUUCUACCGUCGCCUGCGAUUACGCUCCAUGACAGAUGUCUUCCUCUUCAACCUAGCCCUGGCGGACCUCCUCCUCCUGUUCACUUUACCUCUCCAGGCUGGGGACACUCUGCAGGGAUGGGUGUUUGGCGUUGCCUUCUGCAAGGCUACUCAGGCUAUCUAUGCUAUCAAUACUUACAGUGGCCUACUACUUCUAGCCUGCAUCAGCAUUGACCGUUACCUGGUGGUAGGACGGGCCCAGGAGGCGCUAAGGCUACGUAAGCGCAUGCUAAUGAUUGGGAAGCUAGCCUCUCUGGCUGUGUGGCUGGCUGCCAUAGUCCUGAGCCUGCCUGAGAUCAUUUUUUCACAGGUGCAGGAAGGGUUGGAGGGGGAGGCACACUGCGGGCUGAAGAUAUGGAAAGAGCUGCAGAGCUGGAAGGUUAAAACGGCCAUUCAAGGAGCUCAAAUAGCCGGCUUCUGCCUGCCCUUCCUAAUUAUGGUGGUGUGCUACUCCCUGAUAGGCUGGAUCCUGUGUGAGGGGCGUGCAGAGGGGCGAAUGCGAGGUUGGCAGCGCCAGCGUACCCUAAAACUUAUGAUGGCACUUGUGAUAGUCUUUCUACUGUUCCAGCUGCCCUAUACAGUGAUACUCUCCCUGAAGAUGGCAGGGCCUUCUUCAACCUGUGAACAAAAUGAUAGCACCCUGUUGUGGGAAUACAUCACACGUACCCUGGCAUAUACCCGCUGCUGCCUUAAUCCGAUUCUCUAUGCGUUGGUUGGGGUACGCUUCAGGAAUGACGUGCGAAAGCUCUUCCAUGAUGCAAACUGCCUAUGUGGGGCGGGGUUGAGUCCCCAUCCUGAUACUUGUAGCUCUUUGUCCCCCACCUCCACGGGUGUCACUAUGCUCUCUGCUUUCUCUCCGGUGUCUCCUCGCAGCUGCCCGAUUUACAAUCAGGCACCUGUCUGCUUCAGCCCAAGCCUUUCUUGUCACCAAAACCUUCCCAUCAAAUGAUUGUUUCAAUCCCAAACUGAAUCCUUCUCAGCAACUCCUCAAUAAUUGUAUGGAAUGCCAUAUCAUUCUCAGAGUAGUAAUUUGAAAUUUGGAGUUUAUUUAUUUAAAGUGAUCCUCAUUGGUCUAUUGAAAAUCUGGGUAACGUUGGAAAAUGUACGCUUGUGUUAGGUGGUACAGUACAGUACACAGUUUAACAGUUAAAAAAACCAUUUUAAUACUGUGUUAUUAAUUGAAUAAACUGUGUUGAUAAUGAUUGUGCAUUGUUUGUUAUCUGAAUUUAUGAUUCUUUUUAAUUAUGAAUUAAACUAAAUAGCCUAAUUUGGCUGUUUGUUUUUGUAGCUUGUAGGCCUAAUACUUGCUGGAUAAUGCAUAGUUGUGUUUUCUGCUUUCUGCAUUUUAAAAGU